UAUUGAUAUCAGUGUGCUGUGAAAAUUUGAUGCCAACCUAUGGUGCCAACCAGACAGACUAAAUGUAUUAUCAUGAAAAAUGGCAUAAUUCAACAAGUUUUUAAGUGGAUUUUUCUGAAAAUACCGUACCUACUCGGGUACCUAUUCUCACCUGAAUAUUUAUUGAAACAAUUAGUUAUCUUUCGUGUGUGUAAAAGUUGAUUGCAGCCCAGCAAGAAAAAUGUAUGUAUGGAUAUGGUAUCUGCUUCUACUACCAGACUUGCCAGUCUUGUUCUACUGGAUAAAAAACGAUUGGGGCCAAGUCGAUAUACUGUGUGGUAUGUAAAUAGGCCGUUGGCAGGUAUAGUCUGCGUACCGUACAAAAGACCCGAAAUGAAGGACCGCAGGUGUAUUAUUUGAUGGGACAGACAGUGCGCAGUCUCGCAUUGAUUGCCAGAUUCGGGAAUGAGCCAGGACCAACCGGGAAAGAUGACAACCGGCAUUUAUUCAAGAUGACAAGGGACGACAAACUGUUCUUCCAUAAAACAGUAUUGCAUUUGGCAAGAGCACUAGCGAAUAUUAAAUCUGUUCCUUGGGCGAAAGUUCAAACGUUGUUCUCAUUAUGUCCUUCAGAUUUACAAAAUGGAAUGUUCCUUAUAAACUGUAGACAACAAGAUGCAGUCAUUGCCUUGGGAGUAUAUUUUUUAGAAUCCGGCCUUCAACACAAGGCAGAAAUUGUACCCUACUUACUCAAUCUUGCCAAAUCUCUGGAGAAGGCACAUUGGCAGGAUGAAGUCAAGUUAAACUCAACAGAUCGUAUUCCAAUUGCUGAAAAAUUCAGCUUCUGUCUGCAUACUCUUCUCUCUGAUAUUGCUGUAAGGUGUGAAGACUUGAGAAAGGAAAUUAUAGACACUCAAGUAGAAUGCAUGGUAUCCCUGACAAACCAUGUCUUGAAAAUCCAAGAUCCAAACAACAGAAACAGUUCUACCAAAUUGUUUCUAUGCAAAACCAUCUUGCCAGUUCUUCUAGGUCUAGCAAGGGCUAUGGGAAGAUUUUGUGCCAGUGAUCCACCUCUUCAUUGCAGACUCUUUCCAAAACCAGAGCCCCCUUUGAGUCAGGCACAAGCUAAAGAUCAAAAUGCUUACAAGAGAAGUUUCAGCAGCUUUCGCAAUAUUAUUCCAAGGAGUUUGUCUGGUAAUUUACAUGCAGCUGUUGAUAUUCUAGCUGUUACUGCGGGUGGAUAUGAUACAACAGACAUAGCAUUCAUCUCUAAUUCUCUGAAACGAGGUGGAUAUGUCCAUCACACUAUGGGAUAUUAUGACCCACAAAUUUAUUUUUUCUCCAAAUUUGGGUCAAGUUUCAACCAAUUUCCACAUUUGAGAAUCAAUGAGACUAAUGAUAAAAGAGCCAAUAUAAUUUUUCCUCAAGAACAUUUGUACACUAUUUUAGCACUUAGCAAAAAACUUCUUACUAAAGAUAUGCUUAUGCUCAUUGAUGAACAGUCAGUGGAAGUUAAUGCAAUUGGAAAAAUUCUUAUAUUCCCCUAUAAAACUUUUUCAGAAACUAUCAAUUUGGUAAUGGUUACACUCAUGAGAGAGUUAUUGCAACCACAAAAAGAUUUACCAGUGCCAUUCACAAAAGAUGUACAGGAAUUUGUCAAAGGUUUGUAUUUGAGUGGACAAACUGAACUUCAAAGUAGAAACCAUGAUGCUAGUGAAAAGGAAGAUAGGGAGAGCAAUUAUGCUCUUGUCAAUAAGUUCAAAGUUAAUGUUAUGGCAAAUGCUGCCUGUGUUGAUUUACUGGUAUGGGCAAUAGGAGAUGAAACAGGAGCUGAUAGUUUGUGUGGACGACUAACGGAAAAAAUAAACUCAAAUCACGGCUACAGACUUGUACUGGCACAUAUGCCCUUACUGAUGGUUUGUCUUGAAGGUUUGGGCAAACUAGCACAGAAAUUUCCGAAUAUUGCCUCCACAUCCAUAUAUUGUUUGAGAGAUUUUCUGAUCACUCCUUCUCCGAUUUUAUCGAAAUUGCAUAGGCAGGCGAAUGACAAAGGAAAUAAAGAAAACUUGAAGAUAACAGCUCAAGGCAACGAAUUGAAAGCUGAAACAUCAAAAACAAUAACACCAGUACAGUCUGCUUUUGAAAAAUUGAGGGAUGCUGCAAUAGAAAAUUUGUGUUAUGCACUGAGUGCUGCUCAUACUCUUGAUCCUGAUUGUGUUAGGGCUCUAGUUGCAUCAGUGUCCAACCGAUUAUUCACUGCAGAAAAAAGUGAUAGCGAAUCGACCCUGAUUUCCACCAACAUCGUAAUAAUGCUGGGCCACGUGGCCAUAUCGAUGAAAGGCACCCCGAAAACCACCGAUACGAUCCUGCACUUUUUCCAGCAGAGGUUCUGCCGGGUACCCUCCGCCCUCGACACCCUCAUAGUCGACCAGCUGGGCUGCAUGAUAAUCGCCCAGUGCGAGCCCCACGUCUACGAGGUGAUCAUGAAGAUGUUCACGAUGAUAACUGUCGAGAGCGGCAGCACCGCCUACGGAAGUAAUGUCAACGAUAAGGCUCAGUAUAGGCACGUAUCUCGACCGGUCAUGAAUGCUUUGGCAAAUAUCGCUGACAAUCUACAGGGAGAAGCCCAAAUGAUUGAACUACUAGGCCGUUUGCUAGAACUGUUUGUACAGUUGGGUUUAGAAGGGAAAAGGGCUAGCGACAAAACUCCAGGGGCUUUAAAAGCUUCAAGUUCGGCAGGAAAUUUAGGCGUACUGAUACCUGUGAUAGCUGUUUUACUUCGUCGGUUGCCUCCUAUCAGGAAUCCAAAACCUCGAAUCCAUAAAUUGUUCAGGGAUUUUUGGUUGUAUUGUGUAAUCAUGGGAUUCACUGCUUCAGAUUCAGGUUUGUGGCCGCAAGAAUGGUACGAAGGCGUGAAAGAAAUAGCUGUGAAGUCUCCCUCUCUGGUAUCUCCUACUUCCAGCAGGUCCGAGAUGAGGGAGCUGCAGUACACGAGCGCCGUCAGAAAUGACAGCGUGUCCGUCAACGAUCUGCAGGGGUUGCGGACGCAGAUCCUGGACCUGCUGAAGCAUCCGCCGGAAGUGACGGCGUACGUCAACAAGCUGUCGUUCGCGCAGUGCACGUUCCUGUUGAGCGUGUAUUGGGUCGAAACGUUGAGGAUCCAACAUUCGGGAGAACCUAGCCUAGUCCCGAUAAUAUCGGACUACCUCUGCGACUCGGCUCUGCAAAAGGACAAGGCGGGCAUGUGGAACUGCGUGUCCUCGGUCGGCGAGAGGGUGUUCGAAAGGUUCCUCGAGGUGAUGAAAGACAGGCCGAAGAACGAGGCCCGAGAGGCUGAUCUGGAGCAGCACGCGCAGUUCCUGCUGGUGAACUUCAAUCACCAGCACAAGCAGAUCCGCCGGGUGGCCGACAAGUUCUUGGCCAGUUUGGUGGACAGAUUUCCGCAUCUGUUGUGGAGCAGAAGAGUUCUUUGGACGAUGCUGGAUAUUUUGCAAGUUCUGUCAUAUUCUUUGCAAAUAGACCCAAAUCAAGAGACGCCAACUUUGAGAAUACCACAAACCCCGUAUGCAAUACAACUCAUGGACACUCUGGAAGCGAGAGAGAGCAUAGUCAAGGACUUCGCCGCCAAUUCGGAACGUAUCAUCAAGGAGGCGAUGAAAUGGGCGCCGCAAUGGACGCGAUCGCACAUCCAGGAGUACACCAACCAGAUCCCGACGGCGGGCGCGUGGCCCCACACCGGCCUGUCGAUGGCGCUGGAGUCGGUCCUGCAGUGGGGCCCGCCCAACCCGUACAGUGCCCCCCUGAGCACGAACACGCUGGAGAAGCGCCCGAAGUGCGUGAAGAGCGACUCGUCCAAGUUGAUGUCGACGUCAGCGAUGCGGUCGAAGUAUACUGGAGAGGUUACAGGUAUGCUGAGCGUUUAUGACGACAGACCUUCUCUUGCUGACCUCAUUCUGAAGCGAGUGUGGAGUGCCUGCAAAGACAGAUCAGACCCCCUACACAGAGACGCGUUAUGGCAAGCCACUGCUUUAUUGAUAUCGACAACAGAACUGAACAGAAAUCUCCUACACUGCAUAGCUUGGUCCCAAGUUGAAUUGUUUACCGUGGAAGCUAUGAGAACCGCAGUGGACUGUUGGCAGUGGUUGAUAACUUCGAAACCAGAAUUAGAGGUUAGGUUCCUUCAGGAAAUGGUAUCUGCUUGGAAAUAUACCGUUCAGAAGCGUCUUGGUUUAUUUUCUGUGUCCAAAAACCAGACUAGUCCACUAGCUGCUUAUGAAGGUUGCACUUUGGAACCUGACAACCCGUUUGUGAAGCCACACGGUAUAUGGGUGCAAUUUAUAUGCGAACUUGUUGAGACCCUGAAAUACAGCAGCUAUGAGAAAGUGGAAAUGAUAGCGAGCCUCAUACACAAUUCUCUGGCGAUGAGUGUCGGUUCAGAACCACCAUCACAAACUAGAUGUGUGUCUGCAAUCGGAGUCCAUUUCAAACUGUUAUCGUGCGGUUUAUCCUUACUGCAAGGGGACAUUCUUCCGAAAAGUCUCGCCAAGAAUGUUCUCAGGGAGAGGAUCUACUGCAGCUGUUUGGAUUAUUUUUGCAAACCGGUCACGUGUCCGACACAAUCGGAAUUGCGUGAUGAUAUUACGACGCUAGUGAAAUUCUGGCAGAACUUACAUUCCGAUAAGAAAUACCUGAAGGCUAGUGACGUUGGAGAUUUAGACUUGGGUCCGACUGGUCCGUCAGUACAUAAUAAUGAGCUAGCCAAGCCCAGUGAUUACAACAAAGCGACCUCAGGUUGGAUAAAUACGAUGCCCCUUUCUACUAGCACUGCAACGCUCAGUAGAAGAUCGGCGAAAUCUAGAAAAGUACCGGUGGCCGAUAAUUUCGUCAAGUGCUAUUUGAAAAAGAGGAACUUAAUCCUCGAACUGUUGGCUGUCGAAAUUGAAUUUUUGAUCGUGUGGCAUAACCCAACUUCCCGACCAGAACUGUUGAUACCGGGUGAAGAAACUUUGGCUUCUUGGAGGGCGAAAACGAUCACCGACAAGCAGUGGCAUGACUAUACGCGUUUGGCGUGGGAUAUAUCGCCCAAUCUGGCCGUAUAUUUACCGACAAGAUUCCGAACGAACGAUGCUAUCGUUAACGAAAUAAAGAGCCUAGUCAAUAUGAAUCCAACUUGUACGGCCCAUAUACCGGAGGCUUUGCAAUAUUUGGCUACCACUGACACUAUCUUGAAUGACAGUACGAAACUGGUACAUAUGCUGACUUGGGCAAGAAUCUCACCGAUCCAGGCACUUGCAUUCUUUAGUAGACAGUUUCCAUCUCAUCCCAUAUCUGCUCAAUAUGCAGUCAGAGUUUUGAGUUCUUAUCCUGCAGACGCAGUAUUAUUUUACAUUCCUCAGCUAGUGCAGGCCCUAAGGCAUGAUAAGAUGGGCUAUGUAACUGAAUUUAUCAAGUAUAUUGCGAAGAAAUCUCAAAUUGUCGCUCAUCAGCUCAUUUGGAAUAUGAAAACCAAUAUGUAUAUGGACGAAGAGAUGCUCCAAAAAGAUGCGGUUUUAUAUGAGGCUCUAGAAUCUCUCACAAACAGCAUAGUUGGGGAGCUGUCUGGCCCAGCGAAAUUGUUUUAUGAAAGAGAGUUCGACUUUUUCGAUAAGAUCACAAACAUUUCUGGAGAAAUUCGACCCUAUCCCAAGGGUAUCGAAAGGAAGAAAGCAUGUUUGGAAGCUUUGAGCAAAAUAAAGGUUCAGUCUGGGUGUUAUUUACCAAGUAAUCCGGAAGCUAUGGUUCUGGACAUCGACUAUAAAAGUGGUACUCCUAUGCAAAGCGCUGCUAAAGCACCAUAUCUGGCUAGAUUCAAGGUUGCCAAGUGUGGUAUUAAUGAAUUAGAAAAUAUAGCUAUGGACGUCUCAACAAAUCAGACUAAAGAAUUGCAAAGUUUCGGUCCAGAAAUGUGGCAAGCGGCCAUUUUCAAAGUCGGAGACGAUGUCAGGCAAGACAUGCUCGCUCUGCAAGUGAUUGGAAUUUUCAAAAACGUUUUCCAAACUGUCGGAUUGGAUUUGUAUCUUUUUCCCUACAGGGUUGUGGCUACUGCUCCAGGGUGCGGGGUGAUCGAGUGCGUCCCGAACGCGAAAUCACGUGACCAGCUCGGCCGCCAGACGGACAUCGGGAUGUACGAGUACUUCCUGAAGAAGUACGGCGACGAGAGUACGAAAGAGUUCCAAAAUGCCAGGAGGAAUUUCAUCGUUUCAAUGGCGGCGUACAGCGUCGUCGGCUUCCUGUUGCAGAUCAAGGACAGACACAACGGCAACAUCAUGUUGGACACUGACGGGCACAUCAUACAUAUCGAUUUUGGUUUUAUGUUUGAAUCGUCACCUGGCGGUAACCUGGGAUUCGAACCGGACAUCAAACUGACUGACGAAAUGGUCAUGAUAAUGGGCGGCAAAAUGGAGGCGCCCCCUUUCAGAUGGUUUUCUGAGCUGUGUGUACAAGCUUACUUGGCUGUCAGACCCCACCACGAAGCCAUCAUAUCCCUGGUUUCCCUCAUGCUUGACACAGGGUUGCCAUGCUUCCGGGGUCAGACCAUCAAGCUGCUGCGAGGCAGGUUCAGUCCCGGCACCACCGACAAAGAAGCGGCCACCUACAUGCUGCAAAUUAUACGAAACAGUUUCCUCAAUUUCAGAACGCGCACUUAUGACAUGAUCCAGUAUUAUCAGAACCAAAUUCCCUAUUAGACGACAAAAAAAAUCAAAAAACGGUUGGUUUGUUGAUGAAAGGACCCCGCACCAUUUACAUUGAAAUCUUGUCUACGGUGGAAUUUUGUGAAAAUCUAGGAUUGGAUUGAUCCAAUCAUGCUGAAAAAGAAAUGUCUUUUGGUCCAAGGUCCGUUAUGCCCGUUAAAAAAAGUUAUAAGCUCUUGAAGCCAAACCUCUACCAGAACACCACAUCCUGUGUAUAAUAUGGUUUUGGCUGAUAUAAUUCGCGAGAUUCACGAAGUGGGCGACAUUUAGGUUACAUAAUACGAACUUCAAACUGGGGGAAAACAAACUGUUGUCUAUGGAUAAAGUGCAUAUACUGCAUAUUGCAUUCAGCUUGCUGUGGCUAUAGUCAGACUUGUCAAUGACAUAAAGUGUUGGCACUGUUGGUAGUGAUGAUGGUUGAGGUGGUUAAUUUUUUUACAUCAUUACAUUUUUAUUAGUUUAGUGAACAGUGAACGAGUGAAGAAUUGGAGAUAGUUCAAACAAUUCAAACUAAUUAUGACGAGCAAAACAUGUUUACAAUACCCAGAUUGUCCUGCUUUGCAAGAACAAAUACAAAUUCAUUGUUCUACAGGACCCCAACUUCAAUUUUACUUCAUGUGGGGAAGUUUGUAGACAAAGUGCAAAAAUGUGCCUUUUGUUGAAGUCUUCUGCCUCACACAAAAUCACAUGAUUAGCACGGAGAACUGCUUCUCCUUCCACUACUGGUCGGCUUUUUCCAUCUAAAUAGAGCAAAAUAUCUGCCAAAAGAAUAUCUACAACAGGCAUUAUUAGCGUUUUCUAUCGAAUAUUGACAAUUAAUGUCAAGAAAUUCAAAAACUUAUCACUUUUAUCAGUACACAGUACACAAGCUAAUGGCACUAAUGGGAUUGAAUGAGGAUUGAGUUUGUUUUCCCCCAGUUUUGACGUGGCUUUGACAUGGAACGAUGAAAACCGAGCGCUACCUGGUAACAUUGAUUCCCGCGAAUAUUUUUGAGUUGUCAGAUGAUGGUCAUUCAUGUUAUGUCACUAAAAGUCAUUGAGCAAAAGCGUAUUACUUUGUUCAAAUACGUUGCGAGUCUAGACCGGGGACUAUUAGUGGCCUGUCCGUAGAACCGUAAACCACCAAUCAAUGGUGGCAAUAUUACACCAUCAGCGUUGACAUGUUCCAGACAAGAUUGGGCAUUUUCAGGGAUAAAAAUAUCGUUCACAAUAUAUACAUUGACUCUAGCAACUAAUUAUUAUUUGCGCCACAAAGUAUGCACACUCUUGCAUGGAUGGGAAAGACAACAUUCAGGUUCAUAGAAUGAACAUUAUCCCGAAUCCCAAGUUCCUCUAUAAUGGAUCAAUUACAGUACAGAAAUAAACGAGUACGAUCGGUUAGGGGUACAUCCUUUCUUCCUCUAGAACCCACCGACGAUGUAUUUUUUAUCUCGAUCGAUGCGUACCAUAGCAUCAAGAUUGCCUUCGCUACCACAUAUAAAGCAACGAAACCUAUUCUGAUAACCCAUCUAAUAUGUAUUUGAACAAAGUAAUACGCUUUUGCUCAAUGACUUUUACUGAUAUAACAUGAAUGACCAUCAUCUGACAACGCAAAAAUAUAUUAGCCAAAACCACACAGGUUGUGCUGUUCUGGUAGAGGUUAUCUCGUUUGGCUUCAAGAGCUUAUAACUUCUUUUAACGGGCAUAACGGACCUUGGACCAAAAGACAUUUCUUGUUCAGCAUGAUUUGAUCUAUCCAAUCCUAGAUUUUCACAAAAUUUCACAGUAGACAAGAUUUCAAUGUAAAUGGUGCGGGGUCCUUUGUUUUCCUUGGAUCCUUUAUUUACAAUGGUAGUGGGUCAUUCAUUGGAUGAGAUUUACGGAAGAUAAUGCUCUAUGGUAAUCAAUAUACAUAUUGGUCUCUCUGUUUUCGUUGAAAAAUGCAUUUUGCAAUUUUCGGUAGUCAAGGUCAUCAUCUGACGUAUGUCAUCGCAACGUCAGAUGAUUUCCUAGACUACCAUGAAUAGAUUCAAAAUAAGGGAGACGCUCUCUUGUGGACAUUCAAGUAACUAAUAAAAGCUACUUUUAACGUUUGUUUACGUUUGGGAUUUCAUGCAUUUUAUAGGAAGUUGAGUGGUCAUUGUGAUUUUUUUCAAGUUGGAAUUCUUCAGUAGUGUCUUAUAUCCUGUUUUUCAUGAGUUUUUUUUCCAAUUUUGUUAUUGAAUUCAGUAUUAGAAGAAGUCUAAAAACACUCUCAUGAGCAAAACAUAUAAGUUUAAUUCUCCAUGUCUAGAUUCAAUGAGUCAAUCAGACAAACAUCCAGCUUUGAUCAUUUACUCCAUAUAAAUUCCUAGGAGUUCUUGUUGAGAAAUAUUUUGUCCUUUGUUUUUUUUCAAACCCGUUUUGUUUAGGAGAUACAGGGCGAUAUAAUUUUAGAUAAUAACAUUUUAAAUUGCCAAAAAAACAAAAAAUACCUGCAAGAACUAUUGAAAAUGACUACUUACACAAUUUUAAAAUUAUCAAAAAUGGAUGGAAAUAAUUUUUUAUAGAAAAAUUAAUCUGAAUACAACCACAUCUAUGACUUCACAAAAACAGAUAUCAAACAAACAUGUCCUCGUAUUUUGUCUUAUAGAACGCGUGUAUACUUAUUUUAGCGAAUUCACAUUCCUAUUAACCACAGUUCAACGCAUUGUAAUGCGCAUGAAUGCGCCAAAUGCUACUAAGGAAUCAACAUUUCAGGUUGUUCUAACACACUCACUUACAACACCAUUAUUUUCGGCAAUAAAUUCGUUGUUGCAAACAUUUUAGACCUCCAAUAUACUUUGCCAAAGAGGUAUUUGUCCUUUUAUUUUUACAAUUCAAGAUGCAGUAAGGAUCACCAAGGAAAACAUUUUACUUUUCAUUUGAACACAUCACCUUAUAAGGAGUUCGUUCCUGUACAGUUAAAAAAUUCUAUUGGUGCAUUUGUUAUUUAUUUGAAAGUUUAUCCUAGUCAGUAGUCAUUAGUGGAUGUGAGAAUAAGUUGUUGAUUUAUAUAAUAUACAUAUAUAUUUGAUGUAUUUCCAUUUGUAUAGGUUAAUGAAAAGGGCAAAUACAAUGUAAGUCAAAAGUACCUAUGCAAAAAGAUAAUUCAUGUAUUGGUUGUUUUUUUUUUCUGAGUUUUUCUCUAACUGAAUCUCCAGUAAGCAUAUAAAAUGUACUUUUUGCUACUUUUGGGUAUCUGUAUUUCCCCUUCAUGGUGAUAUUUCUUUAUACAUUAUUGUGAGUGGUGUCUAAAAAAACAGUAAACUUAUUAUAGAUUUAUUUUAAACUUCAAUAAAAAUUAUUUACAAACACAAUAAGUGUAAAAUAAAAAAUUGAAUCAUUGGCUGAAAUUUGGUACAACUUCAGCUACCCUAGCAUUAUUGAAAAUUUCAAUCCAAUAACCAUCUGGGUCUGUUAUAAAGGCAAGUCCUUUCAUUUUUCCAUCAUCUGGUUUUUUCACAAAAUUCACACCCAGUUUUUCAAAACGUUCACAUGCUUUGUAUACAUCAGGUACCAUUACACCUAUGUGUCCUGGAAAAUGAUGAAAUU